AUGGCACCGGCUUCAAAACGAUCACCGGACACAGAGGGCAUGGAACUUGAGAACGAAUCACUUCCCCAAAGCAGCAUCACCGUAGCCGCCGACGCCACUGUUCCCCCUACAAGCAGCUUGGAGAGUGAAACGGAAUCGGCCCCUAGCAGCCCGGCGGCGACCGCACAGCCUGCCGAGCAGGUUGACAGGCCCAGCAUCCCCUUCCGUGCCAGCAAGGACAGUGACGGCCUAGAGGCCAGCGGUAACGGGCACAUGAUGCCACCAGUUGCGACCCGGCCAUCUGGCCGAGACUACCAUCAUGAAUAUGAAUUUUCAGACCUCGAUGAGAUCACAGUGCGCCAGUUGAAUGAAGACAUUCUGGCCUACCGAUACGAUCUCGAUUAUUGCAGGGCGCAGCUGGAGGAGGCGGACUUGACUCCCCAAGAGACUAGGACGUUGCAGCUACGCACCCUCGAUCUCGGGCAUCAGAUUCGGCAUUGUACGCACCGAAUUGAAACCAUCAAAGCGCAGUCGCGGAAACGCACGACUUUCCGCCCUACUUACAACACCUCUGGCGCGAUAUCUUACUCGGUGCAUGGGGCUAACGGCAGUGGCAAGCAACCGCAUGCCGUAGCCAAUGGACAAGGCGCCGCCAUGGUCCCGGCCCGGCUCAUGUCUGCAACACCAGCUCACGCUGCAGCAAAGCGCCCGACCCCAGACGAGGACCACGGGAGCGCGAAACGUGUCAAGGCGUCAUCGCCCGGCUUGGACCUUAUGGGAGGUGUGAUGGAGGACGGCGUCAACACGGCAUUGCAGCGUCUCGGUUUCUGGAAAUGUCGACUUUGCUCCGCCCCCAAGUACUUGCUGGCCGGUGCCGGUCGGUCUCCAGCAGCGCCGUGCAAAUGGCCGCUGAAGGACAUCUCCAAGAUGAUCACCCACUUUACGGAAAUGCACAGCGAGCACACGCCCGCCGAGCGAUGUGUCGAGCUUGGCUCGGCGCUCGCUCAGAACCGUGGUCCGUUCGAGUACUGGCUUCGGAGGACUCGCGCGCAGAACAUCAGCGACGGCAGUAUCAUCGACGACUGCUUCGACACCCUGCUCGAUGGUGACAUGCCCGAUCUGCUCAGGCGCCACAGCCGGGCUGCCGCGGGAAUGCCGAUGUCUUGA